AUGGCCCAAGCUGGCUCCGGUCCGUUUCGCAUCGGCAUCGACGUCGGCGGAACAAACACCGACGCAGCCAUCGUCGACAUCGCUGCCACCGCCACAGUGUCGCGCGGGGUAUGCGCCUCGAGCAAGACGCCAACAACAACCGACGUGACGUCGGGAAUUUACACCGCGAUUGAGAACGUCCUGUCCAAGUCGAACGUCGAUCGCAAAGAUGUUCUCAGCGUUGCUAUUGGGACGACCCAUUUCGUUAAUGCUGUUGUUGAGGCUGAUGCGCGACGCUUGAGCAAGGUUGCUGUCGUCCGGCUCUGUGGACCUUUCACAAGACAGAUACCGCCCUUUUCAGAUUUCCCACCGAUUCUAAAGACAAUGAUGUGCGGCCCAAUCUUCUAUCUAGAUGGAGGGCUUGAGAUCGAUGGCCGUCAAAUAGCACCGUUGAACGCCGAUCAAGUCCAGAACGCAGUCAAGUCCAUUCAAGAUGCAGGGGUCACCAAGGUCGCCAUUGUGGGCGUUUUCUCCCCGCUUGAUCACGACGGUCUACAUGAAGAAAAGGUCAAACGCCUGAUGCUAGAAUUAGACCCCAAAAUGUCGGUAGUUUGCUCGCACACGAUCGGCGGCGUGGGCCUUCUCGAGCGCGAAAAUGCGACCAUACUCAAUGCUUCGAUUCUAAGUCUCGCCCAACGCACUGUCCAUGCAUUCUGCGAUGCAAUGAUAAAACUUCGUCUGGAUUGUCCCCUUUUUCUCACGCAGAAUGAUGGAACCCUUACAGAUGCUGCCACGGCUGCAGAGCUACCGAUCAAGACCUUUGCUUCGGGUCCGACGAACAGUAUGACAGGGGCCGCGUUCCUUGCGUCACUUGACCGUGAAAACACGCUUGCGAAAUCAGAUACUCAGGUCCUUGUUGUUGAUGUUGGAGGUACGACGAGCGAUGUUUGUGCAUUGCUUCCGUCCGGUUUCCCUCGACAGGCGCCCAACUUUGUGGAGGUUGGUGGUGUGAGGACCGCUUUCUCUAUGCCAGAGGUUCUGUCUGCUGGAUUGGGAGGUGGAAGUAUUGUUACCUACGAUGCUGAUUCGGAUCAUGUCUCUGUCGGACCUGCAUCUGUCGGUCACUAUCUAACCACCAAGGCGAUUAUUUUCGGAGGGGACGUGCUGACCGCGACUGAUAUUGUCGUAGCGUCCGGGAAAGCGGAAAUCGGAGAUGUGAGCAAAGCCAAGACGAUACCUAAAAAAAUAGUUGAAGGAGCUCGGAAUCAGAUAAAGAGGAUCCUCGAACGUGUUGUAGAGGAUAUGAAGGUUUCAGACCUACCGGUCAGCCUUCUACUUGUUGGUGGAGGAUCCAUUGUCCAAAUGGAUGAUCUGAAAGGCGUCUCGGAAUGCAUUAUACCGCCACAUCAUGACUCGGCGAAUGCUGUUGGUGCAGCCAUCGCGAAAGUUGCUGGUGAAAUUGAUUUUAUUGAGAUUCUCGCCGACCAGGAUGAAAAUGCUAUUCUCGAAAAGGCGAAACGCCAAGCGAUCGAUGCAGCAGUCUCUCGUGGCGCGGAGAGAGACAGCGUCAGGAUCGUGGCGAUUGAUAAAAUCCCUUUGCAAUACGUCACUAACAAAGCGACUCGGUUGAUUGUCAAAGCUGUCGGGACUUUGGCAAUCCCGGAUCGUAACAACACCAGCGGUGUCAGUGAUACGAAUCCCAGCGAAUUGACCAGCUUUGCUCGUGGGGAUAGCAAGGAUGAGACUGAGAAACAAUUUCAUCAAACGCCCCCGGUCAAGAACUUGCACCACGUGCGUGGCGGUGUGUGGUACAUCUCGCCAGUGGAUCUUGAAUUUAUCGCGACGGGAACCGGAGUGCUGGGCACUGGCGGCGGUGGAUCUUCAUAUCUCCAGUAUCUGGAAUGUUUAGAAAGUCUAAGAAAGGCUGGUGCUUCGGGGAAGAUGAGAGUGGUCUCGCCGGAAUCCCUGAAAGACUCAGAUGUUUGCGUGCUUGGGUCUUGGUACGGAGCUCCUAGUGUCUCAGGGGAACGGUUGGCUGCGGGCAUGGAGAUAACGACUGCUAUUGAUUAUUCAGUCAAAAUGUCAGGACACUCACAUUUCGAAGCUAUCGUCGCAGAUGAGAUUGGGGGAGGCAAUGGGCUGUCUACAUUCCCAUCCAGUGUUCAUUACGACAUCCCCGUUGUCGAUGGCGAUCUAAUGGGUCGCGCAUAUCCGACCCUCGAGCAUGGCACCCCGUACGUGUACGGAGAAUCGAUAACCCCUUGCGUCAUUGCGGACGGGAAGGGGAAUGCGUCAGUUGUACUGAAUGCGGAAUCAAAUGCGCGUGUUGAAACUAUGCUGCGUACACAAUGCGUGGAUCUCGGCUUGAUGGCUGCAGUAUCAUGUGCGCCUCUGAGCGGGAGAGCCAUCAAGCAAUACGCGAUCCCGAAUACAGUUUCACAGGCCUGGUAUAUUGGCCGCGCAGUGCACCAAGCGCAAAAGUCAAAGGAAAAUCUCAUCGAUGCUAUUUUUGAAACAACCCCAGGCCGACUUCUAUAUAGCGGUAAGAUUAUCGAUGUUAAGCGAGACGUCAGUCGGGGUUACACCAUGGGUCAAUGCACCAUUGCGCCACUCAACAGUGACGAAGAAGAUGAGUAUAUCUCAGGGUCUCAGAGCUCGAAGAUCGAUACCAUGGAUCAAAGUCGCUACCUGAUUAUUCCGUUUCAGAAUGAAUUUCUCUACGCCGCGUACGCCAGCCCAGACAAGCCGAAUGACAAGUCUCAACACGAGGUAAUCUGUACUGUUCCCGACCUUAUUUCAAUACUUGGACAGGAUGGAGAAGCAAUUGGCUCGCCGGAACUUCGAUACGGACUGCGCGUCAAUGUUAUUGGCAUGCCCGCGCACCCUUUGUGGAGUGGUACUGAGCGUGGUCUCAAAGUUGGCGGACCAGCAGGCUUUGGCUUGGAUAUGGAAUGGACUAGCCUGGGGCCAUACCAAACACCAAAGAGUGUGCUGGAUGAGUUUGAUACCGCAUGA